AUUCACUUGCCUCUAUAAAUCCAAUCUAGGCCUCUCUCUCAUCUUCUAACUUGUUUCUUCUCCUCUAUCAAAUCAGAUCAAAACUUGUGUUUCUUGCUCCCAUAAUAUUGGAUACAUAUUCUCAUAAAUUUCGAAUUUGUAUUUUUUGUCGGCAUAUAAAAAUGAGUUGCAAUGGAUGUAGAGUUCUUCGAAAAGGUUGCAGCGAAACAUGCAUCCUUCGUCCUUGCCUUCAAUGGAUCGAAUCCGCCGAAUCACAAGGCCACGCCACCGUCUUCGUUGCUAAAUUCUUUGGCCGUGCCGGUCUCAUGUCUUUCAUCUCCGCUGUACCCGAACCAAACCGCCCUGCUUUGUUUCAGUCGUUGCUGUUUGAAGCGUGUGGGAGGACAGUGAAUCCGGUUAACGGAGCGGUUGGUAUGUUAUGGACUGGGAACUGGCAAGUGUGCCAAGCGGCGGUUGAAACUGUUCUUCGCGGCGGGACUUUACGACCUAUCUCAGAUCUCCACGACUCUCCGUCGUUGAUAUCUUCAGAUGAGUCUUCCGAGAUCUGGCGGAUGCAGCGUCCAGACGGUUGCCGUUUCUCAACCUCAAGAUCCAAGCUUACUACGACGGGGUGUGAAGAAUCUCCGGUGAACCGUAAACGUUCGAAGACCGAGCGGUCUGAACCGGAUAUUGACCUUCAGUUGAACCAUAGGUUAGCUCUUACCGGACCGGUUGUACCGGUUCCUUUUCUUCAAGCGCAGCCUUUUAAGAAGGCGGUUAAUGGGGAUCAUCCGGGAAGUCCAUCGGAGGAGUCUGUAACGACGUCGUGUUAUGAAAAUGGAAUCAACGGCGAUGGAUACAGAAGCAAAAGAGAGAAAAAGUUAUUAAAUCUUUUUGUUUAAAACCGACGACGCAAACUCUUCGCACUCAGUUUUUUUUCGACGGUCCCUUUUAGGGUUUUUUUGUGAAGCCGCAUAAUUAUUGGCUACCUAAUUAUUUUCUCUAUCGAGAAAUAUGAUAAUUUUUGGUGAUAUAAUACUUUGCCGAUUAGUAUUAUAAAUAAUCUGUUGAGAAUGCUCAAGUCUUUGACACACAUGAAAUAUAGUGGUUCCAACCUUGAAUAUUGUUUCGAUUACUAGCACAACAUAAUUGCAUACAUAGUAGAGAACAUUAGGAAACACAUUUUAAUAAGACGCAUAGCGAUUUUCUCUACUUUGGUCUAUAAAUACUGAUAAAUCCCAACUAAACAGUAUAUUAUAGAACUUCA